AGAGGUUCAAAGCUGAGAACUUUCACGUGACGGAAUUUAGCCAUGAGCACGAGCAGACCUACGGACUCAGGCAGAUCGCAACAAGAGUUGAGUGUUCAGUCUCUAUUCCACUGCCAUUCUAAAGUUGUUAUCGUUAUGUACAACUUUUCGCUGUUAUCCUGACUUUUAAUCAUCGAAAAGUUUGACCUUUCUUUUGUUUCCCUCUGCCAUCAAUUGAAGUCUCUUCGUGUUGGAAAAGUUGGCGUUUUAUUAUUGUUUCAAAUGGAGCGAAAGAAGCCGGUGAAUCUUUAUUGCUGUUGGAGCUUUCUUCUCGCUUGGUGCUGUAGUCUCACUGACUGUUACAAUUUGGAUGUAGACCAUCCGGUUAGUUUCAAUGGCCCAAAUGGAUCUUUAUUUGGCUAUUCUGUAUUGUUACAUAAGAACAAGCAACACACAUGGUUAUUAGUCGGAGCUCCAGUUGCGAAUUCAACAUUCGACCCAUCCCUUAUAAAACCAGGAGCAAUUUAUAAGUGCAACUUCUCAGGCAAUAGAGAAUGUCAGCAAAUAUCAACGGGUGUGGACAGUUGUGGGAAGACUUGCUUCUCUGAGAGUGACAACCAGUGGCUCGGAGUCAGCCUGUCUAGACAGCCUAGUGAUGGACAUGUAUUGGCAUGUGGGCAUCGUUGGAAGAACGUGUUCUAUUCCAGGAAAGACAAUCAGAACAAGCUGCCUCAUGGUGUCUGCUACAGAUACGAAGCUGACCUCAAACAGUCUCAACCACUUAUCCCAUGCUAUAAAGAUCAUCAACGGAAGUUUGGUGAAGACUACGGAUCAUGCCAAGCAGGAAUAUCCAACUUUCUGAAUGAGGACUUGAUAAUAAUGGGAGCCCCUGGGACAUCGUACUGGACUGGGUCUGUUCUGGUCUACAACACCUCCAGUAUGGCCCUGUCUGCCUAUGUGGAUGAUGACAGCACUGUCCUCUAUGGCAGUUAUCUGGGCUACUCGGUUGGCGCCGGCCACUUCCUUCACCCUGACUCCACAGAGAUCGUUGGAGGUGCACCCCAGCACAGGCAGACUGGUAAAGCCUACCUAUUCAGAGCUGAAGAAAACAUGCUGAAGAUCAUCGGUGAAGUCAAGGGAAGCAAGCAAUUACUCUGGGAAGAGGAGAGCAUGAAUCUUAAGACUGUGAAUACAUUUAUUUUUCAGGCUAAUAUGAAGGAAGCAGAGUUUCAGUUGGCUGGAAGCAAAUCGUAUGCUGCAAGAUUUGGGGAGACCAUAACCGAUCUGGGCGAUAUUGAUGACGAUGGCUUUCCUGAUGUGGCGGUGGGGGCUCCGCAGGAGGAAGAGCUGCGUGGGGCUAUAUAUAUCUACAAUGGGAGGAAGACAGGGAUCUCUCAGACCUACUCUCAAAGGAUCACCGGGUCUCUUCUGGGUAAUGAGUUAAAGAUGUUCGGCCAGUCUGUUUCCGGAGGCAUCGAUGUUGACGGAAACGGUUACCAAGACGUUGCGGUAGGGGCCUUCCUCUCGGACUCCGCUGUGGUUCUGAGGACUCGUCCGGUGGUAGUGGUUGAGGCCUCCAUGCCCCUGCCUGUCAGUGUGAACCGCUCUGUAGCUCUGUGUUCUGACAACGGUCUUCCUGCUGUCUGCAUCAACGUGACAGUCUGCUUUAGGGUCCGUGCUCGGCGCUACAACGGACUCAUAGAACUGCAGUAUAACCUGACAGCCGACACACACCACAAGGAGUCUUUCCCCUCCCGCUUCCAUUUCCACGGCAACGGGACAUCCAACGUUACGACAGGGCAAGUCAAGGCCAGACACGACCAGCUGACCUGUGUCACCCACCAGGCCUUCAUGAGGAAAGAUGUCCGCGAUAUCUUCACGCCCAUCCAUUUUGAGGCGAAGUACACCCUCGAACAGCACACUGUGCGUCACCGGGCAUCCAGAAUAUUCCCAGCCCUGAAACCCAUCCUGCAGCAGAGAGGGGGGCACAGCAACCUGGUAGCCAAUAAGACUGAGUUUGCUCGGUACUGUUCAUUGGCCAACUGUUCAACCAAUCUGCAGGUCUCUGCAUACCUGGUCUUACCACAGAAACACAACAACAUACAGUACUUUGCAUUGGGUAAUGGGAAGACCAUCAUGUUGAACACAACCCUGGUGAACGCUGGAGAUGAUGCCUUCCUCCCCAGGCUCCAGUUACGCUUCCCCUCCAACCUGCACUACAUCAAAGUCCUUGAUGCAGAGGAGAAGUAUGUGAGCUGUGACAUUUCAGAGGAGAACAAGACAAUAGUAGGAAUGGACUGUAGUGUUGGGAACCUGUACUUCAGCUCUGGAGCCAAGGUGAACAUCAGCUUUCUGUUGGAUGUAAACCAGAGUAGCAGUGCUGGUGACAUUAGCAUAUCCAUCAACACUAGUGGAGACAAUUAUGAAAAUGAGGAUCUUCUGCAUGACAACUCAGCCACUCUGAUGUUACCGUUGAGAUAUGGCGUGGAUGUAAGCGUCCAUGGGUUUGUUACUCCAACAUCCUUUGUAUUUGGUGACCAGGAGCCUACUCCAGUUGAUUGCUACACAGAGACAUUCAACUACACUUACAAGGUUGUCAAUAUCGGUCCAAGCAAAUCUCUCAACACGGAAGUUGAGAUUGAUAUUCCCAAGAUACUAUCACCAUAUCCAUACAGAUUACUCCACAUUGCAGAUUUUCAGACCUCUCUUGGAGAAUGCUCCAUUAAAAACAGCUCCAUCACAGUAGAAGAUGAUUGUGAGGUGCCACAGUCCUCUUUAAUCAAGGAACUGGUCUUCUUCUUCUCCAAAACCAGCAAACGCAAAAUGUUCUGUGCUCACGGAGACGACCUGUGCCUGACUCUGGUGUGUAGACUAGGAGACAUGGACAUUGGGAAAGAAGCCACCAUUCAGAUGGAAGUGAAGCUCAACCCCACCGUUCUACAGCUCACACCGGGUCGUCAUGGAGUGAUGCUGAUAGAGAGUACUGGCAUCAUCACAUCACCAAGGGAGGACCCUCACACCAUCCUAUUACAGCAGACUCCUAUCGCUCAGGUUGUGUUGGAGGCCCACUUCAACCAGAAGCCUCAGGCAGCAGUGGAGGGGUUCAUCAUUGUAGGGAGUCUACUGGUGGGACUCCUGAUCUUGGCCUUGCUCAUCUUCGCCCUCUGGAAGGCUGGUUUCUUCAAGAGGCAGUUUAAGAAGGAGAUCAGGAGGGAUAGCUGGGACUAUGUACCAAAGAGUGAGAAGACUGAGAGUAUAUCCUAAGAGUGUACUAAUACAGAAUGGUUCUAUACAUCAAGAUGAACUAACUGCUGGGGAACAGCUUCUCUACUAAAAGGCCCAUUUUGAUUGAGAUCAUCCAAACCCAAGGGAAAGAACUGCAGGACAAUUCAAACAUUUGUGGCUCAGAAUCUAGGAAUCAACAAAAUGUUGUAAUUUCUCUAAAACAUGCAAGAGGAAAAACUUCAACUUUGUUGUCAGUGGGACAAAUGUAUUGCACUUUACCUCUGGGCUUGGUGCAGUGAGACUAUAAAACAUUGGACUGCGUACGUGGAAUGUACAUUAGAACAUAGGCUAUGUGACUUCACAAGAACAGGCCUAUCAUUCCUGUUUUUAUUCCCCACCAAGAACUCAGGAUAUGAAGCGGAACAUUCCAUGGUCUUGUUCAGUAGGCAUGAAACAGAAGAAAACGCUCCAAAACAGAGUGUGAAACAGGGAGGGACUUUCUGUGCAUGUCCAUUAAUUAAGAACCGCUCAUUUUGCGUAGCAAAACAUUCUCACAUACCUGACUACUUGGAUUCUGUCGCACAUUGAUUGUGUCUGCUGUACAAAACAUGUAUGAAUGCACUGCUGAAGCUUUUCUCUAUGGAUAGCAAGUAUAUUUGUAUAUAAUGAUAUAUACACAUCUAUAUGCCAAAUCUAUCCUCAUUAGGUGUGUAUAUACUGUGUAUAUAGAUAUAUACAUAUAUAUAUAUUUCUUUAUCACUCUGUUUAAACAACAUUUCCUUUUGUAUCUUCAUGCUAUGGGUAGGGAGAGGAAACAGCCUCAAACUGUCACACAUUUAUUGUGAAACUAGUGUCACUAUUGAGAAACCAUCAGAUUGAAAGAAGGAACAUUUGUUCUGGUUGAUCUGUGAGACCCAGCGAGAGCCUCUGCCGAGCCGUACAGCCUAAACCCAUGUUUCAUAGAAAUUAAUAGGAGCAUCUCACACUCUGCAAAAGUUACGUGCCCAGUGUUAUUUUAUUUCACCUUUAUUUAACCGGGUAGGCUAGCUGAGAACAAGUUCUCAUUUGCAACUGCGACCUGGCCAAGAUAAAGCAAAGCAGUGUGACACAGACAACAACACAGAGUUACACAGUGUAGCAGACCGGUAACACCAGUACCUGCACCCUGCAUAGGUUUUUACUCUUCAAUUUGUAUUUUUGCUCACCAGCUUAUGGAGUGAAUGGGACAGAAGGUUUAAUGGUUAUAAUGUAGAACUGAAGGUAACAGAAGGAUGAGGAGGUCAGGGAAGUGUCAUCAGUGAAAAAAGGCAUCUGUUCACUGACUCACUGAAUGACACAUGCCACUCCUCAAGGGGACAGCACCCUGUGUGUGUGUGUGUGUGUGUGUGUGUGUGUGUGUGUGUGUGUGUGUGUGUGUGUGUGUGUGUGUGUGUGUGUGUGUGCAUACGUGCGUUUGCGUGUAUGCACUUUCAUGUGUGCGUACGACAGCAACUCAUACACCAGCAACUCCUACACCAUGGCAGCAGAAGUUUCCAACACAGUCAGAAAUGAAAAAUGAAAGAGCUUGUUCUUCAGAAAUGACUCAAACAUUCCUCAAUUGGAACACACGGAACACUGGCCUUACCUUUUGGAACAUUUUCAUCCCUUUGGAUUUGUGUUGGAAUCUUUGGAUUCAAUGGAUCCUGUGUUCUUACUGUAGCUGUAAGGGAUUGGAACAUUCAGGUUUUGGAGAGAUGGUAGGCUAUGAUGAUGGUGAUGCAUGCGGAAGAGUAACAUGUUUUUACUGCUUGAAAUUUCAGGGAGUCAACUUUUCAUGACCAAAAAUAAAGGGGGCACAUUCCACAUUUCUAUAAAUUGAAAUAAUUUUUAAUAAAUAAGUGUGUGGCUUGUAAAAAUGGAUAGAUAACAUUUUGUUUGUCAACACAUUUCACUUUGGUCUGAUAAUUGAUGUAAUUGUGCACUGGAAUGUAUUAUUAUGUUGUCUUUGCUUUAAUAUAAAUCAACUUUUUCUAUUUAA